AUGACCAAAAUUAGGAUGAUCAAAACAUUUACAACAACAACAUUUAUGACACACAACAAUUUGUUACUUUACAAUCACAAAAUAUACUCUAAUAAAGUGGUUAACAUGGUUUCCAUACAGGAAGCAAGUUUAGAAUGCGUGGAUUUAGGAUUUUUUUUUGACUGGUGUAAAAUUGCUAGCCAGAGCAAUCAAACAACAUCUGGGUGUUUAGGCGGCGUUAGUUCGCUCUGCGGUGGAGAGUUGUUCUAUGCAAGAAAAGCCGUGCUACCUGCAUCUCCUGGGAAGUCUUGGUAUAUCCCCCAUCAUGCAGUUUAUAAUGAAAAGAAGAAUGAGAUCAGAGUAGUCUUUGAUUGUGGAGCAGAAUACCAUGGUAGAUCAUUAAACAAGGAAUUGAUCCCUGGACUAGACUUUACCAACCAUCUUAUAGGUGUGCUUAACAGAUUUAGAGAAGGAACCAUAGCAGUCAUGGCUGACAUCGAAGCUAUGUACUUCCAGGUGUUUGUAACGGAACACCAAAGAUCGUUUCAGAGAAUUCUUUGGUGGGACAAAAGCGAUAAAGAAAUGACCAAACCGGUCGAAUACGAAAUGAAUGUCCACAUCUUUGGAGCAACUUCGUCUGCGAGUUGUAGCAAUUAUGCCUUGAAGAAAACUGCCUUAGAUAAUCAAGGCAAAUUUGGAACUGAUGCAGCGGAAACGUUAUUGAAGAAUUUUUAUGUCGAUGACAUGCUGAAGUCAAAAGAUAAUCUUGGUGAUACUAUUUCAUUAAUGAAAAAAGUCACUUCUAUGUGUAAGGCGGGAGGUUUUAGAUUAACAAAAUUUGUCAGUAAUAAUAAAGAAGUGUUAUUGUCUAUACCUGAAGAUGAUCGGAAAACAGGGUUUACUGAUUGUGAAUUAUUGUCUGGAGAUACGGAUCUGCCGUCCGAUAGUACGUUAGGUAUCACAUGGGAUAUCGAAAUGGAUUGCUUCAAAUUUAAGAUCGACCUGAAAAAGACGCCCUACAGCAGAAGAGGUAUGCUUUCUAUGUUGAGCACGUUGUACGAUUUUUUAGCUCCAUUUCUAGUCAGAGAAAAAAUAAUCCUUCAAGAACUGUGCAGCAUGAGCCUAAAUUGGGAUGACCCAGUUCCUGAAGACAAUUGUAAUGACUGGAACAUAUGGAAAGACUGUAUCCAGCCUCUUGAAGGAUUUAGAAUACCGCGAUGCUUCAAGCCCAAAAAAUUUGGUAAGAUUGUUCAUUCCUCGAUCCACUACUUUUCUGAUGCAUCAGAGUUUGCAUAUGGCCAAGCUACGUACCUAAGAAUAGUAAAUGAAAGUGGCAGAGUACAUGUUUGCUUGGUUAUGGGUAAGGCAAGAGUCGCUCCUUUGAAAUUCGUAUCUAUGCCUCGAUUAGAAUUAACAGCAGCUACUUUUCAAGUCGUCUUAGGAUAUCUAAAGAAUCAAACGAAAAGAUUCAAAGUUUUUGUGGCUAAUAGGAUCGAGAUUAUCAGAAGCAACAGCAAAAUCAACGACUGGAAUUAUGUACCGUCGAACGAAAAUCCGGCCGACAUAGCGUCAAGAGGAUCAGAUGCUUCCAAAGACAAACAAGUUAAAAUAUGGUUUAGAGGACCAGAGUUCUUGUGGAAUGAUCAGUAUAGUUGGAAACUAUCCAAACACGCCGCAGAAGUAGACGAAAACGACUCGGAGGUUAAGAAAGUGAAAGUAAACGCUUGCCUAGUCACAAAUGAUCUGAUGAGCACGCUUGAAGAACGCAUGUCUUGCUGGAAGAAAAUGAAGCGUGUAAUGGCGUGGAUCCUUCUGUUUGCAGAUAGAAUCAAAACGAUAAAACCCGGCGAUGCAUCCACGAAAGGUAUCAUCGACGUAGAACGAUUGAAAUGUGCUGAAAGAAAAAUCAUGCAGCUGACUCAAGAAAAAUAUUUCGAAACAGAAUUGCGAAAUUUGUUGUCUGGGAAAAUCAAUGUUAAAAACAAAUUGCUAAAACUUAAUCCCUUUGUUGAUUCACAAGGCCUGUUAAGAGUAGGAGGAAGAAUCGAACGAUCUGGGCUAGAUAAAGAACAUGUGCAUCCUAUCAUCAUGCCAAAAGAUAGCCAGACAUCCAUGUUGAUUAUUCGAUAUUGCCAUCAGAACGUCGCACAUGCGGGCAGAGGAAUAACCAUCAACAAAGUACGAAGUUAUGGGAUUUGGAUCGUGAAUAUAAAUGCUUUAACACGAAAGGUUAUUCAUAAGUGCACCAUAUGUAGAAGUUUAAGAGGACGUGCUGGAGAGCAAAAGAUGGCCGAUUUGCCAAAAGAAAGGUUCAACGAAGCAUCACCAUUCAGUUAUUGCGGAUUAGAUUGUUUUGGUCCGUUCUUGAUCAAGGUAAGGAGAAGCGAGAUGAAAAGGUAUGGUGUAUUGUUUACAUGUUUGUCUAGCAGAGCUGUACACAUUGAAAUCGCAAGCAGUUUAGAAACUGAUACGUUUAUUUUGGCCCUUCGUCGCUUUGUUGGCAGAAGAGGAAUUGUAAGGUAUCUAACAUCUGAUAAUGGAGUAACUUCGUUGGAAGUGAUAAUGAAUUAA